AUGUCAUCAUUGCCAAGAAGAACUAAGAUAAAGGCCCAGGCUGCAGAACCCAAAGAUGAAUUUUCUUCCUUCUCUGACUUAUCAUCUGAAGAAGAUAACAAAGACGAUAGUAUCUGGGAGCCCUCAAAGAAAGUUCCCAAAGCUCGUAAGCAGCCUCCCAAGAACUCCAAAGCAAAGAGGGCACCGAAGGGGAGGAAGACUGCCCCAGGGGUCAGUGAAGACCCAGCCAGAGUGAUUGUGAAGUCGGAGCUGAAUAACUCUGUGGCUAUUGCUGAUGUGGAUGUGGAAGACCAAAACCAACAGGAUACUGUGGCCAUUCCAAAAACAGUGAAGACCAAACAAAGAAAUUCAGUGCAGAGGCCCAAGAAGCGGAAAAUUGUUGAUGACAUGAACCAAGCCAGUGAUGCAGUGAGUGGGAGCCCCGGUGGGGCUUACCCAUCCACAAGUAGCACCUGUGCAGUUGCAUGCAAAAAGGAAGAGGAGAACGAAGACUUUACCUUUGGUCAGUCCCCUUUGAAGAGGGUGAAGACAGAAUCCUGUCCUCAAGGGCAGCCCAGCAGUUCCCUAGCAAAUGACUCUGGUGGUAAAGAGGAGUCGGAAAUGAACUGGGACAUUGUACAGGUUUUAUCUGAAAUGACGUGCCUCGAAUAUUGGGUCUGUGCCAACAUCAUCCGUCUCUUUGAUGAUGUUAACACUAUUCCCUUCAUUGUACGCUAUCGGAAAGAGCUUAUCAAUAACCUUGAUGCUGAUUCUUUGAGGGAAGUUCAACAAACUCUAGAGGAACUACGGUCUGUUGCGAGGAAGGUUCAUAAGACGAUUCAGAAAAUUAAGAAGGAGGGGAAGAUGACCGAGAGCUUGUUAACAGCCUUGCUAAACUGUAAAACUUCCGAGGAACUUGAACAUGUGUCAGCUCCAUACAAAUCCGGGAGCAAAGGCACCAAAGCCCAGAGAGCAAAGCAGCUGGGCCUGGAAGGAGCAGCGAGGUGCCUACUGGAGAACCCAGGGCAGCUCAACCUGAUGAGCUACGUGAAACCCACUGUCAAAGGGAUCUCCACGCUCCAGGAUAUUGAAAUGGGAGUGCAGCAUAUUUUAGCUGACAUGGUUGCUAAAGACAGAGACACGCUUGAUUUCAUUCGGAAAUUGUGUCAAGAAAGAUAUAUUUCCAUCCAAUCAUCUCUGGCCAAAGUGUCCUCAAAAAAAGUCAAUGAGAAAGAUAUUGAUAAGUUUCAGCUAUACCAGAAUUUUUCAUGUAACAUAAGAAAAAUCCAGCAUCAUCAGAUUCUUGCCAUGAACCGUGGAGAAAAUUUGAAGAUCCUGACUGUUAAGGUCAACAUUCCUGACGGCAUAAAGCAUGAGUUCUGUAGAUGGUGUCUUCAGAAUAGGUGGAGACCACGUGGCUUUGCACGGCCUGAGUUAAUGAAGAUUUUACGUGAUUCGCUGGAUGAUUCUUUUAAACGCCUUAUUUGUCCUCUUCUCUGUAGAGAGUUCAGAGCCAAACUAACAUCUGAUGCAGAGAAGGAGUCAGUGAUGAUGUUUGGGCGGAACCUUCGUCAGCUCCUUUUAACGAGUCCUGUUCCAGGUCGCACCUUAAUGGGGGUAGAUCCUGGUUUUAAGCAUGGCUGCAAGAUAGCUAUAAUUUCUCCAACAAGUCAAAUACUUCACACUGAUGUGUUUUACUUGCAUUGUGGACGAGGCUUUCAAGAGGCAGAGAGAAUGAAGCGUCUUCUGCUGAAUUUCAACUGCAGCACGGUAGUCAUUGGUAACGGGACUGCCUGCCGGAAGACAGAAGCUUACUUUGCUGACCUGAUAAUGAAAAAUUACUUUGCACCACUGGAUGUUGUUUACUGUAUUGUCAGUGAAGCGGGAGCAUCCAUCUACAGUGUUAGCCCAGAAGCUAACAAAGAGAUGCCAGGACUGGACCCCAAUUUGAGAAGUGCAGUUUCCAUAGCAAGGCGUGCACAAGAUCCAUUAGCUGAGCUGGUGAAAAUUGAGCCAAAGCACAUUGGAGUUGGAAUGUAUCAGCACGAUGUCUCCCAGACCUUACUCAAGGCGACCCUGGACAGUGUUGUCGAAGAAUGUGUCAGCUUUGUUGGGGUGGAUAUUAAUAUCUGCUCAGAAGUUCUGUUGAGGCAUAUUGCAGGACUCAAUGCCAACCGGGCCAAAAGUAUUAUUGAGUGGCGAGAACAGAAUGGUCCUUUCAUCAACCGGGAGCUUCUGAAGAAAGUGAAAGGGCUGGGCCCCAAGUCUUUCCAGCAGUGUGCUGGCUUCAUCAGGAUCAAUCAGGAUUAUGUUCGGACAUUUUGCAGUAGUCAGCAAGUCAGUGUGGCUUCCUCGGCUGGCGGUGAGCAAGGCAAGAAGAAAAGCAAAGCGACAGCAAUUCCUGUAACAAAACCAAAUCCUUUGGAUCAGACUUGUAUUCAUCCAGAAUCAUACAGCAUUGCAAUGAGGUUUCUGUCAUUCAUUGGAGGGACCCUGUGUGAAAUUGGAAAGCCUGAAAUGCAGCAGAAGAUUAGUGCAUUCCUUGAAAAGGAAGGACUGCAGAAAAUGGCAGAAAGAUUGCAGACAACAGUGCAGACUUUACAGGUUAUCAUAGAUGGUCUCACCCAGCCCGAAAGCUUUGACUUUCGAACAGAUUUUGAUAAACCUGAUUUCAAGAGAAGCAUAGUAUGCCUGGAAGAUCUGCAGGUUGGGACAGUUCUUACAGGCAGAGUCCAGAACGCCACACUCUUUGGAAUUUUUGUGGAUAUAGGAGUGGGGAAAUCAGGGCUCAUUCCCAUCCAAAGUGUAACAGAAGCAAAACUGUCUAAAACGAAGAAGAGGAGGAGCCUUGGACUGGGUCCUGGAGAAAGAGUUGAAGUCCGAGUACUCAACAUAGACAUCCCCCGAACUAGAAUAACUCUGGACCUCAUUCGGGUGUUGUGAGUGUCCCCGCAGAAGGCCAGAACUCAUAUUAGCUUCUCAUUUUCAUCUCUACAGAUUGGUGAGAAUUAGGUGUUUACA